UGUUAUGAGAGGUGCUAGAAAAGUCCGAGCAGUACACCGCAACAACGUCUGUGUGUUGUUACACAGUAAAGUGAAGUAAAGAUGCGGUUGUCUGGUGUGUCAGCGCAAGGUUCUUUCCAGCGGGUUAGAGUGACUGUCCCAUGGUCCAUGAUAAUAGGAACCUGUUACUGACAGCACCAUGUCAAGGCUUGCAAGAACAGGGUGAAAACGGGGGAAUUUCUCCCAGUUCAGCGCAUCCACUGGGAAGUGAAGCUGAAGCUACAGUAUGUGUGCGAUGACGAAGGGACGCUACCUCUCCCUGGGCUUCGUGUUCCUUGUUUAUUGCACAACGUGCACGACAUCUAAAGGAGCCACAGGUGACAUCCUGCCAGACUCCCUACCGUCAGUCCCAGGUACCCUGCCUCACUUCAUGAAGGAGCCAGAAGAUGCCUUCAUCAUCAAGAGCAACCCAAUCAAGCUGCUCUGUCGGGCUGUGCCCGCACUGCAGAUCUUCUUCAAGUGUAAUGGAGAAUGGGUGCACCAGAAUGAACAUGUGUCCCGGGAGUACAUGGAUCAGAACACUGGGCUAAAGGUGCGUGAGGUGUUGAUCAACGUGUCCCGUCAACAGGUGGAGGACUUCCACGGCCCAGAGGACUACUGGUGUCUAUGUGUGGCCUGGAGCCACCUCGGCACCUCCAAGAGCCGCAAGGCCACGGUCCACAUCGCAUACCUGAGGAAGAACUUUGAGCAGGACCCCCAGGGGAAGGAAGUUCCAAUCAAAGGGAUGAUCGUGCUGCACUGCCGCCCCCCAGAGGGAGUGCCAGCAGCAGAGGUGGAGUGGCUGAAGAACGAGGAGCUGGUGAGCUCCCUGACGGAUGACAACAUUGACACCCGAGCUGACCACAAUCUCAUCAUCAACGAGGCACGACUGUCCGACUCAGGAAACUACACGUGCCUGGCCAGCAACAUCGUGGCCAAAAGACGCAGUUCCACAGCCACUGUGGUUGUUUUCGUGAAUGGUGGAUGGUCACUGUGGACAGAGUGGUCUCCCUGUAAUGUUCCCUGUGGUCGAGGUGUCCAGAAACGCUCCCGUACCUGUACCAACCCUGCCCCGCUUAAUGGAGGGGCUUUCUGCCAGGGCAUGUCUGUGCAGAAGAUCACCUGUAAUGCCCUCUGUCCAAUUGAUGGUGGCUGGGAGGAGUGGAGCGCGUGGACGCUGUGCAGUGUGCAGUGUGAGCGACAGCGUAGGAGGGAGUGCAAUGAUCCACCACCCAGACACAGGGGCAAGAUGUGUGAUGGGCCCAGCGACACCACAGAGAACUGCACUGGAGGAAUGUGUUCCCAGAAUGGAAAGCUGCUGCAUGAUGUUAAACCUCAAAGUAUGGAUGGCUCCAAUGACGUGGCUCUUUACUCUGGGCUGGGGGCGGGGAUCAUAGCUGUGACUGUCCUUGUGGUGGCUGUCAUGCUGUACCGGAAAAACCAGAGCGACUACGGCGUUGAUGUAAUCGAUUCGUCCGCGCUUACCGGGGGCUUCCAGUCUUUCAACUUCAAGACCACCAGACAAGGGAACCCACUGCUUCUCAACUCCUCUCUGCAGCCAGACCUGACAGUGGGUGGGACCUACAGCAGCCCCAUCUGCUUCCAGGACUCCAUAGACAACAAAGAGCUCUUUGACCCCCUGCCAGACAUCAAGGUCAAAGUUCAGAGCUCCUUUAUGGUUUCACUAGGUGUGGCCGACCGCGCUGAGUACCAUGCUGCCAAAGGCCAUCCGCCUGAGACCUUCCCCAGGGGGCUGAACCGAGACUACAGCAACAGCACUGUGGAGAGACGGAGCACCAAGAAGGGCCUGCUCACCCCCAACAGCCCCCACCUCAACCCCACCAAAGAUCAGCUGGGAACCACGGGCGUGUUUGGGCAUCUGGGCGGCCGGUUGGUGGUGCCAAAUACUGGUGUCAGCCUGCUGGUACCCCAUGGGGCGAUCGCUGAGGACCCAACCUCUGAGAUGUUCAUGGUCAUAAAUCAGGGAGAGUCCAGUGUCCAGACAGAGGAAGGCUUUGAGAUCCUGUUAGGACCAGAGGUCACCUAUGGCCCUCCAGGCAUAGAUCUCUCCAGGCCUGUUGCUAUGACGAUAGCUCACUGUGCUGAGGUGGAUGCUGACAACUGGAACGUCCAACUGAAGAGGAAAACACAGGACAACAAAUGGGAGGAAGUGAUGUCAGUGGAGGAUGAGUCAACAUCUUGUUACUGCCUGAUGGACUCCAGUAGCUGCCACCUGCUGCUGGACCAGCCGGGCUCCUAUGCCCUUGUUGGUGAACCGCUCACCCAGGCAGCUGUGAAGAGGCUGAAGCUAGCAGUGUUUGGCAGCAUGGGGCCCAAACCCAUGGACUACAGCCUCCGAGUCUACUGUGUGGACGACACGCCACAUGCCUUUCAGGGAGUGGUGGCCACAGAGACCUGUAGAAGAGGACAGCUCCUUGAGGAACCCAAGAUUCUGCCUUUCAGAGGGAACACCUUCAGCCUCCAAGUCUCCAUCCAGGAUGUCCCACAGUUUCUAUGGAACAUUAAACCCUUUACCACGUGUCAGGAAUUUUCCUUUUCCCAAGUGUGGUGCAGCAACCAGCAGCCCCUGCACUGUGCCUUCUCCCUGGAGAGAUACAGCCCCACCACCACCCAGUUCUCCUGCAAGAUUAGCGUGAAGCAGGUCAAAGGUCACGAGCAGAUUCUGCAGGUCUAUACAUCUGUGGCAGAGAGCAAGAAGGAGUCAGUCCUGUUUUUUAUGCAGACAGACUGCACCGUCACCUCACAGACGGGACCCAAGGCCUUCAAAAUCCCCCUUUCCAUCCACCAGAGGAUCUGUGCCACCUUUGACACUGCCAACACUAAGGGAAAGGACUGGCAGAUCUUAGCCCAGAAACUCCAUCUAGAUAGGAACCUGUUGUAUUUUGCUAAGCAACAGAGCCCCUCUGCCGUCAUACUGAGCCUGUGGGAGGCACGACACCAAGACACUGGUGACCUUGACUCUCUGGCAAGUGCUCUGGAGGAAAUUGGCAAGAUCCAGUCCAAAAGCACUGUAGCACAGAGCCACGUGGAACCUGAAUCAGACUCGGUACAUCAUUUUGGAACAGGAAGCCCAGACAACCCAGUGUGUGGAAUGGGUGAACUCACCAAUCAUGAGACGGCUAACUCAGUCCCUGAGUAUACUAGCUGACUUGUCUCCUCCUACAUAGAUCCCAACAAUCCCAGUGUAAUGCAUAUCCAUAUAUGCACAUAACGACUGACAGCUGACUCGGUCGUGGAUUAAAAGGUCCAUCGGAUGUCAGUGUGCGAAGGGAGUUUGUUGUUCACAGAGCAAAAAACAUGACAGGAAAAAAUUACCACUGAGAAAAAAACCAAAUCUGUCAUUGCUGUGUGUACUGUAACUUUAUCCAUCCCUUUCUGAUGAUGUACUGUAACUUUAUCCAUCCCUUUCUGAUUAUGUACUGUACAUCUGUUUUGUCUUUCUCCAUUCUAUUCCCUUCUUUUCCUCCUAGUUAAUGCUAUUCUUAAGUCAGGCUGACCAUUUGAGUUUGUUUUCUUAUUCUGUUGUUCAGGAUAUAGGGGACCCUCUACACUGUUAGGACCCACCAAUGCUCUUCAAAAAGUGAAAAUGCUUGUCACCGUCCCCAGGGAUUGAUACUGCCCUCAUGUGCAUCUGCAUUUAUAGUGAGUGUGUCCCAAAUGGCACCCUAUACCCAUCUAGUGCAUUACGUUUGACCAGAGCCUAGUGAAAUGUAGUGCACUAAAUGGGGAAUAGGGUUCUUCCAUUUGGGAAGUAUCCCAUAUCACACCUAUACCAUAAGACAGCUGUAUGGUAUUAAUUUCUAUUUGAAUACUUGGUCAUCAAUUCCAAAUAAUGUCUCAAAUGGGAGAAACCACUCUGAAACAGGUAUAAACAGUACAGAGUUUAAUCAAAUGCAUUUUAUUGUAAUGUUCAGAUAUUUUUGUUCUGUAUCAGCGUAACAUUGUAAAAGAGAUCCUUGCGGUACAGUGGUGGGUUGUGAGGACAAUGUACUGUUAACAUGAUUCAGGCUGGAUCCUUUAUCUUUAAAGGAAAACCCCUGACAAUGAUGGAAAUGUCUUUGUCAGGCCACAGUACUGCAGUGUGUGUUUGUGUGCAUGCAUGCGUGUGACAGUUGUGGUUUGGCCACCCUGGAGGAGAAAGAGAAAGCUGGAGGAGCUGUAUGAUGUCAUUUCCUGGCACUAUGCCAUGUGUAUCUCUGCAUCUUAUCACCCACUUUCAACCAUUAUUAACACCUGUCAAAGAGCUGCUGAUCUACCCAACACACACAAGGCCCCCAACAGAGGCAUAGCACUUCACAACUACGCAGGACAUGAAUGUGGAUUAGGGUUUGGGUCAAUUCCAAUUUAAUUUGAAAAAGACCAUUCAAUUCUUGAAUUCACUCAUGAAGUGGAGAAUUUACAUUGAAUUAAAUUUGAAUUAGAAAAAUCUUAAAGUUACAGAAUUGAAUUUGAAUUAGACUGAUUUGGAAUUGUAAAAAUGUAAUUGAAUUGAAUUGGAAUUCAACAUUUUUACAUUUCCCAGUUAAUGAAAUUAAUGCACAUAGUAUAAAAAUGGACUGUAGGAUUUGUUUUUAAUUAUUUCAAUCUGUAUUCCCAUAUUGCCAGUAUAGUUAGGCUGUCGGAACAUUGAUGAUCAGCCUGAAUUAAUUUAAUUUGAAUUUGUGGAAAUGUUGUGGAUAGUAUUGAAUUAGGAAUAUAAUUAUUGGAAUUGACCUAACAUUGCAAUUCAGAGAACAUUUCUCAAUUCAAAGACUGACAUGGAAUUUGAAUUCAAUUAAAUGGAAUUGACAGGGAAAGAGAAUUGAAUGACAAUUUAAUUUGAAGAAUUGACCCCAACCCUGAUGUGGAUAGAAUGUGUAAUAGUAUGGGAAGCCUUUCUGGUACAAUAAGCAGGCCUGUUUAACAUAUUGGUGUACUGUAUAAGCAAGGAGGGCCCAUAGGGCUCUAUAGUAAAUAUGGUGCCAUUUGGGACAUAUCUUAAAUGCCAUAAGAAUGCAGUGGCAUUACUGGUUUGAAUAAUAGGCACUUGUAUUGAACACGUUUAAAAUAGAUGUCCAGCUAAAAAAAUCACACUAGAAAAAAUAUAACAGGAUGGUGUUUCUGUACUUAAUUGUAUUCCAUGUACUCUAUAAUUCACAGGAUGGAUUUGUGUAUUCCAUGUACUCUAUAAUUCACAGGGUGGAUUUGUUUAUUCCAUGUACUCUAUAAUUCACAGGAUGUUAUUGUUUAUUCCAUGUACUCUAUAAUUCACAGGAUGGAUUUGUUUAUUCCAUGUACUCUAUAAUUCACAGGAUGGAUUUGUUUAUUCCAUGUACUCUAUAAUUCACAGGAUGUUAUUGUUUAUUCCAUGUACUCUAUAAUUCACAGGAUGGAUUUGUUUAUUCCAUGUACUCUAUAAUUCACAGGAUGUUAUUGUUUAUUCCAUGUAAAUCAAAGGAUGUUAUUGUUUAUUCCAUGUAAAUCAACGGAUGUUAUUGUUUAUUCCAUGUAAAUCAACGGAUGUUAUUGUUUAUUCCAUGUAAAUCAACGGAUGUUAUUGUUUAUUCCAUGUAAAUCAACGGAUGUUAUUGUUUAUUCCAUGUAAAUCAACGGAUGUUAUUGUUUAUUCCAUGUAAAUCAAAGGAUGGUAUUGUUUAUUCCAUGUAAAUCAACGGAUGUUAUUGUUUAUUCCAUGUAAAUCAACGGAUGUUAUUGUUUAUUCCAUGUAAUUCAAAGGAUGUUAUUGUUUAUUCCAUGUAAAUCAACGGAUGUUAUUGUUUAUUCCAUGUAAUUCAAAGGAUGGUAUUGUUUAUUCCAUGUAAAUCAAAGGAUGGUGUUGUUUAUUCCAUGUAAUUCUUAUGAUGCAUAUUUCUGUUUUUAUGUGAUCAAUAUGAUUUAGCAUCUACAGGCUUGGAUCAUGCCUGUUUCUAGUUACUCAUGCUUUCAUUUGUAUUACAAUGAGCAUAAUAACAAGGAUUUUAAAUGAUCUAAAUACUUUUAGAAAAUGGCGCUCAGAGGUGUCUCAGUACAGUUACAUUUUCCAAAACGCUCAACUUGUUCAUUGUACACCUGUUGCAGUCUCCUCUGAACUGCCUAAGACGCUGUUAGCUCAUAGUUUGUUAUAUGCAAUUUCAUAUACAAGAGGAUGCAUCCAAAAUGGAAUCCUAUUCCCUUUAUAGUGCACUACUACAGGGCUCUGGUCAAAAGUAGUCCACUAUAGAGGGAAAACGGUGGCUGAAGUUUUGAGCUGUGUCUACUGUGCCCUUAUUGAUUAUUACUGUAUGUUGCUCUCAACAGCAACGAUCAGACGAGCUGAAUUUCACACUCUACCCACUGAGCACAGACAUCAAUUCAUUGUCAAUUCCACUUUGGUUCAAUGUAAUUUCAUUGAAAUGACGUGGAAACGACGCUUAUUCAACCAGUGUGUGCCCAGUGGGUACAUGAAACCUACAUUGCUUUUUGGUUUCUACAUAACACAUUUGCUAUGCUCUCCUAAUCAAUUGAGCGUUAUACAAUCCAGCUGGAUAUAGAAUAGAUUAGUGAGUGGGUGAGCUUUACGUUUUGAAAAUUAUUGUUUUUCUUAAUUGUUAGCAAUUUAAUUUCAAUUCCCUGUACUAAUGUGAGCAAGAGUGGUGGAAAACCAGAAACAGGUGUGCUGUUGUAGUGCUAAACAGUGGCUAAUGUUGCAUUAAGAACAUUUGUCUGUGGAAUACAAUACACCAUAACAACCAAACAUAGCAUUUGAACUAUUUUAUUUAAUGUUGCCUAUUGCAUACAUGCCUAGUCAUAUCUAAGGUAUUAAAUGUUGAAGUUAAGUUUUUAAAUGUUAAGUGGGCCACUGGGUUUUGAACCAUACAUACAUACUCUGUAUUAUUAUUGCUUUGUGUUGUCACAGGCUGAAGACUAUUGUUGUCACAGGCUGAAGACUAUUGUUGUCACAGGCUGAAGUGUAUUUGUUGUCACGGGCUGAAGUGUAUUUGUUGUCACAGGCUGAAGGCGAUGUGUUGUCACAGGCUGAAGGCGAUUGAGUUGUCACAGGCUGAAGGCGAUUGUGUUGUUACAGGCUGAAGGCAUUUGAGUUGUCACAGGCUGAAGGCGAUUGUGUUGUUACAGGCUGAAGGCAUUUGUGUUGUCACAGGCUGAAGGCGAUUGUGUUGUUACAGGCUGAAGGCGAUUGUGCGAUUGUGGUGUCACAGGCUGACGAUGACGAUUGUUGUGUCACAGGCUGAAGAGUUUACUGUUGGACCCCUGAUUUAAUGUCCCCUGAGUUAGUAACUAUUCCCUUUAUAGCCCACUGGGCCAAAACUGGUUGAAUCCAAAAAUGAAUCAAUGUGGAAGUCUGAAUGGAUUUGAAAAAAGUAAUCAAUGUAAGGGAAUUUAGUAUUUUUCACCUAACUUUUAACCUAAAUCCAAUGACAUGGUAAUUUAUUUUUUCCGUUUAAUUCAGGUUAACUCAACCAAAUGUAAAUUAAAACUAGACUUUGAACGAACGUCUGUGCCCAGUGGGAGUGCACUAUGUUUGACCAAGGCCUAUAGGCCUCUGGUCAAAACUAGUGCACUAUAAAGGGAAUAGGGUAUCAUUUGGGACGCAUGCUAUAGCUCCACACUGACUUCAUCAGGAUGGAUGUUGCUAUGCUCCAUCUCACAUCACGCAUGGCCUUUGGCUUCAUAUCACUAUUCUUGUGCCUUGUUUAACUACUGUAAAUGGUGAAUGUUGUAAAGUACAGAUGGGGCUGAAAAAAAAAUAAACAAAGCAAAACCAUGCCAACAUACAUUUAAAAAAGUAUUAGUUGAAAAAGUAUUUAAGAUUAUAUAAUUCGAUAGGCUGCAGAGCUUUUCUAGUGCUAAACAUACUGCAUAUGUUUGGUAUUGCCAGGGCAGCUUGGUGGUAUAUUGUAUCUAUAUAAUUAUGGACAUUUUGGAUGUUUUCUGUACAGUAGAAUUUGCAAAUGUAUAUGCAGCCUUUUGGAAAUAAAUGUACAGCUAAAG